UUGACAUUUCCGCCUUGCUGUGGUUUGAUGCAUAGAGGCUUUUUAUGAAAACUGUGGACUUCAUGUGAAGUUGAAUCAGAUAAACAAGAUUUUUAUUUCGGGUUUUGAGGAGUUACGAAAGUCGGCCUGACUUCUGAAAUCCAGAGAGAUGUCUUUAAGAAAUCUCUUCCGGUCUAACUGGUCUUCUGAUGAAAGGCUCGAAGGAAAAGUUGUUGUCAUCACCGGUGCCAACACUGGCAUCGGCAAAGAAACUGCCAUUGAUCUGGCAAAGAGAGGGGCAGAAAAGGUCAUCAUGGCAUGCAGGGACAUGGAGAAAGCAAACGCGGCCGUGAAAGACAUCAUCGAAAGCUCGGGCAACAAAAAUGUUGUUUGCAUGAAACUUGAUUUGUCAGACAGCAAAUCCAUAAGAGAAUUUGCUGAAGCCGUCAACAAAGACGAGCCAAAACUCAACAUCCUCAUCAACAACGCAGGUGUAAUGGUUUGUCCGUAUGGGAAAACAGCAGAUGGCUUUGAGAUGCAGAUUGGUGUCAAUCACCUAGGUCACUUCCUGUUGACGUAUUUGUUGCUUGACCUGAUUAAAAAGUCGGCACCAGCUAGGAUCAUCAAUGUGUCUUCCAUGGCUCACGCCUGGGGCUCCAUCAAUCUCGAGGACCUCAACAGUGAGAAGCAUUACAACAAGAACAAAGCUUACGCUCAAAGCAAACUAGCCAACAUCCUCUUCACCCACUCACUGGCUAAACGAAUCGAAGGCACAGGCGUGACAACCUACUCUCUCCAUCCUGGGGUUGUUCAGACUGAAAUAGGGCGUCAUCUGAACAGCUUCCAGCAAAUCGUCAUGAAGGCGAUCAGUCCUUUUACCAAAAACUCUGUCCAGGGAGCUCAGACAACGAUCUACUGUGCAGUUGAACCAUCACUGGAGAAGGAGAAUGGCAGAUACUACAGUGACUGCGCUGCAGCUAACUGCUCUGCUGCUGCCAAAGAUGACAACGUGGCGGAGAAGCUGUGGGAGCUGAGCUGCCGUUUGCUCUCCAUAACAUGGGAAUAAGGCAUCGAGAGCUGAAAGCAAACUCCUGGCAGUAUUUUCUGUUUCUUUUACUAAGUGAUGAUUUUGUCAAUAUUGUCAUGCAAAGUAAAAAAAAAAAAAAAAUGCUCAUUUGUGAUCCUCUAAAUUUGCUUUGAGUUGUGUGUUUUUUCCAUUUCUUGCGCACUGAUACACAGACUGUGAGUUCUCACUGCUCAGUUCUCCAUUAUUACAUGACUACUCACAGCUUGGCGCGCAGAGAUCUUUAAACUCUGCCUUGAUCGUGAUCUCAACUACGUGGCUGUAAAGCUUUGUGCUGCACUUCACGUGGUUGUGACUUUGUAGUAGUUACCUGUAAAGCAGCUGCUUUUAUGGCCACAUUUGCCUUUGUGACACAUACAGACUCACACAGUGAAAACAACUAUACUGUAAAUUCAUUAAUAGUAAGUGCAUAAUUAGUACAAAGUUUAUAAUCCUGAUUUAUAAAAUUUGAAAGAAGCUUAAAAAUAUUUUUAUCAAAUUUGUUUGUUUGCUGAAAGGUUUGUAAUUU